AUGUGGGCUCACUCUAAAAGUGACGAUGAUGAAGAACUGCUCGCAAAUGUGGAGUCACUGCGGAGUCAGCUGAGGAGAACGGAAAGGGAUCUGCAGAGUGUUGGGGAAGAGCUUUCCAGCACUAGUGCGAGUGAGCAAUCUGACCACCUCGAGGAGGCUGCAGACCUCCCUCUGGAGGAUCUAGUUCAACCUAAUUGCAACUAUCAAGGCUCUUCCAAUUGUAAGAAAAAUGCUGGUAAAACAUCUUGUCAGGAGAGAGAUCUUCAAAGAAGAUCCAAAUCAUACUCAGUAUCUACAAAUUCUGAUAAAGCUGUGGAACAAGAAAAUAAGCAUCUUAAGGAGAAGCUGAAUGCACUUCAUGAACAAAAUGCAUCUUUGACUUCUCAGAACCACUACCUAAAAAAUAAAGUUGAAACAAUCAGCUUUGAAUUGAUGCAGUCAAAAACAAGAAUUUCUUACCUUGAAGUUACUUUAGGUACCCGUUCAGCCAGCAUUCCUAAAUUAGAAGAACAAAUUGUAAAUUUAGAAGCAGAAGUUUCAGCUCAAGAUAAAAUUCUGAGAGAUGCAGAAGAUAAACUGGAGCAAAGCCAGAAAAAGGUAGAGGAAAGAGAACACAUGUUACAACGAUAUAAAGAGGACUAUAAAAAUCUGAAAAUUGAGUUAAUUGAACGAAGCAAGCAAGGAAAGAGAGCCGAACAACAAAGAAAUGAAGCUUUGCUGAAUGCUGAGGAGCUGACAAAAGCUUUCAAAAAGUACAAAGAGAAAAUCACGGAAAAAUUGGAAAAGGUUCAAGCUGAAGAAGAAGUCUUGGAAAAACAUUUAAUUAAUUGUGAAAAAGAAAAGGAGAAGCUGAAUGAAAAGUGUGUAGGCUACAGAAAGGAUUUAGAAAUUCUAGAAGAGCAGCUAAGGCAAUCAAGGGAAGAGAACCAUAGCACAAAAGAAGGAAUUAAGAAUCUAGAGGCAAAGAAUGCUGAAACAGUAUCCCUGCUGACACAAUCCAAUCAGAAGAUCCUCAAGCUUGAGAGAGAACUUGGGGACAAAGAAAUAAUACUUAAAGAGAAAAAUGCUUUAAAAACUGAAAAUGCAGAGCUGAAAGCACUUACAGCACAGCAACACGACCACCUGAAAUUAUGUCAUCAAGAAAUUGAGGAUUCAAGGAAAGAGCUCAGCAUACUAGAAACUAUUAUUUCCCAGUUGUCUCUAAGUACAUCUGAAGAGUUCAAAUGGCACCACUGGAAACAUCAGCUGCCCAGUUCAUCCACAAAAGAAGCUCUCCCAGACUCUUGUGGUGAAAUAAAUAAAUCUUUGAUUGCGGACCUGAGACUGAAAUGGGCAAUGAAAGAAGCAGAAAUUCAAAAGGUUCACACAAACUUAACUGUAUGUAAGAUAGCUGAGCAUCUUUCUAAUGAUAAUGAAGGACAAGAAAGUAACAGACUAUGUGUCCUAGAAACAGAGCCUGUCAAAUUGACUGGAAAUCAAGCAGAGAGUAGACAAUGUCAACAGUUGGAACUUAUCAGCAAACAAUUUGAAAAGGAGAGGCAAAGAUUCAAGAAAGAGAUAGAAGAGUUAGCAACUGAACUUACAAAAGUUAAUUAUGAGAACUCUUCUUUGAAAACCAGCAUGGCCCAGAGAGCCAGUCAGUUUCAGACCAUACAAGAAGAACUCUUGGAGAAGGUUUCAAAAACUACUAACUUACAGCGAGAAAUUGCGAAGAAAUCUUCUCAGCUCUCUACACUUGAGAAACAAUUGGAAGAAAAGACUGUUGCUUAUUCGUCAGCUGCAGCAAGAAGUACCGAGUUGGAAAAAGAACUCAUGGAAAAGAAGAGCUACAUUGAUAAACUGGAAAGAACUGUCAGUGAAGAACGUAAGCAAAUUGCUUCAGCUUUUGAAAAAGCAAAAUUGAUUCACUUUGAGCAGCAUAAAGAGAUGGAGAAACAGAUUGAACUACUUCAGACGCAGCUGGAUAAGAAACAUCAACAAUUCAUUGAACAAGAAAAAACAAUGUCUAUUUUACAACAAGAUGUUAUAUGUAAACAACAUCACAUUGAAUCAUUGGAUGAACUGCUGAUAGAAAGCAGAGAGGAAAUGGAAAAACAAAAUGUAAAGAACAAUGAAGGACUGAAGAUGCUGCAAAGCCAGUUAACUGAAGAAACGAUCAAAGUGAGACAACUUCAGUCAGCAUUGGACAUAUGUAAGGAAGAACUUGCACUGUAUUUGAAUCAGUCAGAAGAAAGUAAGGAGAUAUUUGAAAAUCAGCUUAAAAAGAAAUCUGAAGAGGUUUGUUGGUUACAAAAAGAAAUAAAGCUGAAAAGUCAAAAUCUUCAGGACACGAGUGAACAAAAUGUUGUCCUCCAACAAAGUCUGCAUCAUCAGCAGCAAAUGUUACAACAAGAAACUAUUAGAAAUGGAGAGCUGGAAGAUAAUCAAAUUAAACUUGAAAAGCAGGUAUCUAACUUAGAACAAGAGCUUCAGAAACAGAAAACAUAUGCAGAAGAUGAAUUGAGAAAAGCAGAGGAGAAACUUCGCCUAGCUUCUCAGGAAACAGAUUUAAAAAGACAAAAGGUGGCUGAACUUAGUAGCACAAUCAGCGAGAUUAAAGUGGAAAUGGAUCAGUGCAAGGCUAAACUUACUAGUCUGGAAAAUGAAGUAGUGCAAUUAAAACAAGAUGGUGAAGACAAAGCAAUGCAGAUAAAUCAAUUAGAUAUUAUUUUGGAAGAAACACGAUCAGAGCUCAGUAAAAAGGCAAAUGAGGGACAGAUUACACAGUUGGAUAUGACAGUUCGUGAACAUAGGGGAGAAAUGGAACAACAAAUAAUUCAAUUAGAAGGAAAUUUAGAGAAAUCGGAGUUAGAAAUUAAGGAAUGCAAUAAACAGAUCGAGAUCUUAAAUGGCAAACUUCAGCAUUCUAAAGAUGAGCUUCGUGAAAAAGAAUUUGAACUGCUCCAAAGAGAUCAAGAAAUAAAUCAGUUGAAGAAAAAAAUUGAAAGAAAUCAGCAAAGGCUAGUAGCUUUUGAAAAGACAGUGAAAGAUCAGGAGAAUUGCAUUGGAGACCAGUACAAGGAAGCAUUAGAUUUGGGACAGCAGUUGAGGCUGGAACGAGAACAGCUGCAGCAGACGCACUCGGAAUUGCUGGAGGCUCGUCGAAUGCUAGUUCAGGCUCAAAGGGAAGCAGACCGGCUCUCACACGAAUUGGAAGAAGUAAAUCAUCUGUCCCAAGAAAAGGAAUCUCGUGCAAAACGUUUGGCAGAAGAACUUGGUGCUGCUCAGGCUCGUGAAGCUCAGUUAGAAGCACGAAUGCAAUCUGAGAUAAAAAAACUUUCUGCAGAACUGGAUUUGUUAAAAGAUGCUUGCCAGCUAGAGAAGAUGACUCAUCAGAAAGAGCAAGCAAAAUGGCAGCCAUCAACAGAAUACCAAAAAUCUGGUUCUUGCCUUCUCAGUGGACAGUUGAAACAGAUGAAGAGAGAGUUAGAAGAGGCUCAAAAUGCUGUCAGUAAUCUGCAGCAAAAACUUCAGAUCAGAGAUGAAAUGAUUCAUGCUGCAAGUGAACGGUUGCCUGACAAGCAUGUCUAUGGCUGUUGCGUAUCAAAGGUGAACGGCACCAAAGUGCCAGUCCAGCUGUCCCACUACUUAAUUUGGGGUUUGUAUCUGAAGCUUGUGGAAUAUUUGCUGCAAAACUGA